AAAAAGGGGCACCCCACUUAUUUCAUCAACACAAACUUUUGAGAUCUCAGUGUGGCAACACACAGAUAAGAACAACAGCAUCUUCACUGAAAAUCAGAGUUAUUUUAUAGAAAACUUCCACCAUGAAAACCGUUUCGGAAAUGCUACAGCAGGACUUAAAUCUCUCGAGGAAUAAUUUAAUGAUCCGUGGAGGGGGCUUGAACACCGCGGCUCUCCUGGCGGAACCCGGGACUGCCUCGCUGCUCCACGGCUGCAAGUGGCUGGAGGAGAUGAAGGAGAAGAACACAUGCACAGAGGGUGCUAGUAACGGCAGAGGAGGCAAGCGGGAGACGAGGAUAAGACGGCCCAUGAAUGCCUUCAUGGUGUGGGCCAAGGAUGAGAGAAAGAGGCUCGCUGACCAGAACCCAGAUCUUCACAAUGCUGACCUCAGUAAAAUGCUUGGUAAAUCAUGGCGCAGCCUAACCCUGAUGGAGAAGCGUCCCUUCAUAGACGAAGCGGAGAGACUGAGAGUCAAGCACAUGGCCGAUCAUCCUGACUACAAGUACCGACCCAGACGUCGCAAGGGUCCAAAGAGAACCAUGAAGAGAAACGCCGUCUCCGCUGCAGGCUCCACGCCCACUUCCACCAGUCCAGGCUCCCCGCUCUCAGCUCCAGCUACCCCCAUCUCAAUGGCAGCGAGCUCGCCAGAGCACAUGGGUACAAGCAACCUGCAGACCCCAGACGUCACUCCCCGCACUUCCCCAACCCCCAUGGACAAUGUCAAUGCCGGACCCGAUAUCAAGUUCAAAAUUCAUCCCAUCAACACCAUCGACUUGAGCUACACCGUCUCCAGCUACUCCGAGCCCCUGGCUGCCAUGGGUCUUCCAACUCCCGAAAUGUCCCCUUUGGAGAUGAUGGAGGACAACGUCUUCACCUUCCCCAACCCUGGACUUGAGAGAACGGGAGUGGUCUCCCAGCUGCAGCCGUAUGCCUCCAGUGCUCAGAGUCCUCCAACACCCAUGGUAGAGCCAGAGAGGGGGUGUUACUUCAGCCCAAUCAAGACCGAGCCUGUUGCCCACGGAGAGGAUAACUUGAACAUGUCUGCUAGUGCUACCCUCAGCAGCCUUCGCGCCCUGGUAAAUGCUCCUCCACAGACGUGUAAUAGUAACGCACCAAUGACUGAGCUAAUCUCACAGGCAUUGACGCAGGCUCAGCAACAGCAACUGCAACAGCUGCAGCAGCAGCAACAGCAGGAGCAGCUGCAACAGCAGAUGAACACCAUCUCAAACCACCAGACAAGAACCCAAACGACCGACAGUUUCCCCCAAUCCCAGUACGCCAGCAGCAACGACGACCUGAAUGGAAACGGACUGCCCCAAGAGUACAUGGCAACCCUGACAGGCCUGAUGCAACUCAGUGAUGCAGAGUUACUCUUUGAGCUCAACAGGGAUGACAUGGACAUGUACCUGGAGGCCCCCAUCGUACCAGACACGAGUAACUACAGCUCAGACAUCAUGACGAACUGUCUCAUGUAAAAAGCCAACUCAGUUGAUGGCCUUCUCUAGGACUGACAUUUUUUCGAAAAGUCUUGAAAAGGGGUUUGGUUUAGAAGCUGGUUCUUCAAAACCACUAACUUCUUAGGAACAAUGACUUGAGUGCUCGGUACAUGAGUGACAACAACUCAUUUCUUGUACUAGAUGUGCAUAACAGAUGUAGUAUGGACCCAUACAUCUCGGCUCAGAUGGCGUGUCAUCCAAAAUGGUGAACUCUUUAAAGAGUUCACAAUAAAAGAAGUUGAUGGGUGGGUGUAAAAUGUUUCUCACGUUUUGGUUGGAAAAAAAGUUUACAAAAGUGAGAAAUUGUUGAGCUUUAAGUAUACGCUUCAUCAGUGGGAAUUGCAAAACAUCGACUGAUGUAAAUAUGAUAAACAUGCAUUUUUCCAGUUAUAGCCUAUUAUUGUGUAUUUUAGUUCCACUCGUUGUAAAGUAAUGCAAAACGCAGUAGGUGCAAACGUUUACCAUAGAGUAUAUACAAAACAAUUUAAGUUACAUUUUUGUUUCUCCCUUCUCAUUUUCUGUGUUGUGUCUGUAGGCAAGUGCUUUGGUAGAAUGUGCAAUCUUGGAGGGGUCACGUGCUAUUGACGUCAGUCCAUUUUUAAAAGCAUCUUAGCAUGCGCAUGCGUGAAACAGUUUUCACCAUUUAUGCAAAUCAGCAAACUGGACGCAAUUGCCCGGGGCCCACUUCAAUGGAUUUAUGCUGCAACAACAAAAUGUAGACAUAGACUUUGUGAAAGAAUUAUGAUAAUCUUUUUUUUUUAAAUGAGUUUAAAAUUUCAGGUUAUGCACAUAAUUAUGUUUUGUUCUUAAUGACCAGUUCACGAUUACGUAACAUUAAUUUUUGAUACAAUUUUGUUCAUUAUAUGCAUACAUCAAUACGCCCCACUGCUUAUUUAAUUAUUGGUUUGCCAUUUUUGUUCCUAAAUGCUUCUCGUCGGACUUUAAACUCUGAAAUUUGUUUACGGAGAUGUCAGCAGUAUUACGAUUAAAUAAAUAACUCUUUAUCUGAUUAUUUCAUUUGUGUAGGAGAUAAAUAUUUCGCAAGACUGUUUUAAUCAAACAACAAAAACGGGCAUUAGCAUUGGUUGAUACGGUUUAACAACGGUCUCAAAGACCCCAUUUAUGGUGUUAUUUAAAAGUGAGGUAGAUGGACAUCUUGUCACUGGAAUGUGUGACUGUUAGCGGCCAUUUUGUUUUUCGAUAUUCCACGCAAAAGUGACGUAACGACAGCGAGGCUGGAUGAGGAAAGAGCCCCUUUUUAUAAAAGUGAGUGAUAUUUUGUUGUGGAGGAGAAAGAAUCUAUUUAUUCAAAGUACAGAAUGGAAUAAUAUGACAAAGUUGUAAAAUUGAGGUUAGCAAUACAAAUAGUCGGGCCCUUUUACGCAUAUCAAUGAAUUUUACAUUGUAGAACGAAGAGAACUAUACCAAGAUGGCGACGUCUUUUUAUACAAGUUGCACAUGUAUGAGCCUCGAGUAAAACGGCAUAAGUGUAAAGAGCACUUCAUUUGUAUUGGAGACACUGUCUUGACAUGUCAAGAUUAAAAUUCCACAUCUUCCUACAUCGCCAAGAUUUCUCAUCCGUGUAAAAAGCGUUCAGAGUAGUCCCAGGAGGCCACUUGUACAACUUCAAAGGGAAGCAAUCGGUUUAUACAGCCCAGAAGACAUAGUCAAGUCUCAUUUCUCCUAACAAAAUGACAGACGAUAUAUAGCUUGAAUAUAUCGCUAGGACCAGGGGGCGUUUUAUUUCGACCGUGGCUCCUUACGGCUGACACUUGAUAUUAUAACUAAACCCGUGCCUUAAAGAUUUUUCCAUCAACUACCCGCAAUGAUUCACACCUUUGGGAAAUGCCACUUACGCUUUUUGGCGCCAAGAUCUUCUCUCAUGAAUAUUCAUGUACUCCUCUCCCUCCCAAUACAAGAUUCUGAUUGGUUGAACAGUUUCGUGGUGCUGGUCCUUAUUGGAUGCCACUCCACUCGUGAUGCGCACGGUUGAAUUGCGCAUACUCAAGAGGAGUGACUUUUUAAAAGGUGCUGAGGCUUGUUCAAUCAGAGCUUGUUUAAAUUUGGGCGGGAAAAUGGGGACACAAUUGGAAAUUGAAAUCACUGUAACUUCCCGAAAAAAGUCUUCCGAUUAUAGUAUACAGUAUUAAUGUUAAUAAUAUACUUUGGUGUGGUUGUGUGUGCGUUACUAACAUGGUUUUAAAACAGUGUAAGUUAAAAAGUCUUUGUAACAAUGUAAAAGGAGAUUUUGUUCUGUCUUUACAACCGACUAUCUGUAUGAGAAAUGAAUAGUUUGAAAACAAGUUAAGGCAGAAAAAAAACAUUGUGAAGAAACUUAUCCAAAAAAAUGAGUUAAGUUAUUUGAUACGAAAAGAACAAUCGGUUGAUUUCUUGGGGUCUUAAUGUCAAGUGACAUUUUGUGUUUUUCUUUUUAAAGUUCCAUGCAAUUAUUUGACGUUCGAUUGUAAGAAAAUGUCGGCGCUGGAUCGCCGUGAAGUUUUGGCUGAAAAUGUAAAAGAAAAAAAAGGAAGUUAAAAAGGGUAGUAGGCAUACAUUAAGAUAAUUUAAUCGUUCACUUAAAAUAAUACGUCUUAACUGUAGUCUGUGCGUUGUUUAAAGGAGAUGACUGUAGAUAAAAAAAGCGAACAAAGAUUCAAUUUUCUGAUUAUCCUUCUGACACCAAGAUUUUUCUAUGAAUUUGAGGUAAAAAUAAAACAACCUUUUACAAACUGAUA